AUGAUGGAUAUGAGGGACCAUAUACUUUCCUCCCCGAAAGAUAUAGAAGAUCUCGAGGGUCUGGGCGCCAAACCGCUACCUGUCCUUAUUAUGGUACUCGAAGAGCGAUUAAACAGGCAGAGUUACGCUCCCAUACAACCUUUGCUGCAAAAACGCGCUCGAGAGGCACUCGGGAUCGAUUUGACCGAUCACGUUGUCAUAGUCGAUGAAGCUCACAACUUGAUAGAUACAAUCUUGGCAGUUCAUACACUUCCAGUGUCAAGUACCAUCCUACGGGUGUCAAAAACUCAAGUGGAUCUCUACCGCUCCAAGUUCCGCAACCGGCUUAAGACUAAACACGUUUGGAAAGAAAAGGCCUCCUCAAGAAGAGUGUUUGGUGUUGCCGAAUUCAUUCGUAUGCUUGGCGCUCAUGCUGAAAAUAUCAACCCCCUGGAAAUCGAAAAGUACCUAAGGGAGAGCAAGAUUGCUCGCAAGAUCAGUGGGUACAGCGAUAAGCUUGCGGACGCUGCAGCCGCAUCAGACCCAUCAAAACGCGCAGCUAAUGCCCGACGCAAGGGUGUGACGCCUCCAUUGCACGCGAUCGAAUCGCUCUUACUAGCCCUGGCCAACCCAGAUGAAGACGGCCGAAUCUUUCUGAACAAAACAGGCAGCCCAGGCAGAAACCGUCCAGCUCAAAUACCAACUUUGAACCCAUCAUCUCACUUCCGAGAAGUCGUCGAGAAAGCAAGGAGCGUUGUUCUCGCUGGAGGGACGAUGAGUCCGAUCGGAGAUUUUCACACGCAGUUGUUCUCUUACCUCCCUUCUGACCGGCUCGUUGUUUAUUCGUGUGGACACGUGGUUCCUAAAUCGAACAUCAGGACGAUCGUGCUUGGCAAAGGUCCGCGUGGUAAGACUCUCGAAUUCAAGUUUGGUGCGCGAGGUGACGAAGAGUUGAUCGUGGAGCUGGGUCAGACAGUGUUGAAUCUCACAAACCUUGUACCAAACGGGUUUGUCGUGUUUCUUCCCUCGUAUGCAUUCCUGUCCCUCGUGAAGACUGCAUGGGGCAAGGGCGAGAAUAAGAUUUUGGAGAGAUUGAGUAAGAAGAAAAAGGCUAAGAAUGGGGACGUAGAGAGCGUUCUCAGGGAGUUUUCAGCCACAGCCAGUAGCCCCACAGAGGGCCUCACAGGCGCAAUCCUCUUUGCCGUAGUCGGUGCAAAACUCUCCGAAGGACUCAAUUUCUCCGACGGUCUCGCUCGAGCAGUAGCGAUCGUUGGUCUUCCGUUUGCAAAUCUAGGUUCGGCGGAGCUCCAGGCUCGAAUGAAGUAUGUCCGUGAACAUGCUAGCAGCUCAGGGGUAGAUGCGGGUAAAGAGCUGUAUGAAAACUUAUGUAUGCGCGCUACGAACCAGUCUAUAGGGCGUGCUAUUCGUCAUCGAGGAGACUGGGCGGCAAUUGUUUUCAUCGACCAACGUUAUGGAACGCCACGAAUAAGGAGCAAGCUGCCAGGGUGGAUUGGGACCGACUUGGAAGUUACGGACAAAUUUGGCGAAGCGAUGAAAAACCUAGGAGAGUUUUUCCGUAGCAAAAAGUAA